GCCAACCAGCCGGGGGGUCGCAGCGCCAUGGACCUGGUCAUCACGCAGGAGCUGGCCCACGCCGAGAGCCAGCAAGAUGCUGCCUCCCUGCAGAGGGCCUACCAGCUGAUCAAGUCCGCCAACCUGGGGAAAUCCGAGUUUGACCCCACAGAAAGCUUCAGCCCUGACCUGUUUGUUCUGUGUGCGGAACAGGCCCUGAAGAUGGGGCAGCCGGACGUGAGCGAGGACUGCAUCCAGAUGUACUUCAAGGCCAAGGGGCCGGUUACCCAGUUCCUGGGCCGAGCGCACCUGUGCCGGGCCCAGCUCUGCGCCCCCAAGUCCACCGAAAACCUGGAGGAGUUUGAAAAUUGCGUGACUCAGUAUAUGAAAGCAAUAAACUUCGCCAAAGGAGAACCCAGGUAUCACUUCCUGGUAUAUAACGCAUCUGUCCUCUACUGGCAAAUGGUGAGGCCGUUUCUCAAGCCGGGAUAUCAUCACCAUCUGAUCUCCAGCCUCUCCCAGAUCGUAAACGUGUUAAACCAAACCGAGGAGGAAGACAAGGAGUGGCAGGCAGAGCUAAUGCUGGAGCUUCUGGAGUGUUAUCUGCAAGCCGGACAAAAGGAGGAGGCCGCGAAGUUUUGUGCCACCGCAGCGCCCUUUAUAAAAGCUAACGUGCCCCAGAAAUACCGACACAUCUUUUCUGUUAUGGUGCGCCAUGAGUUACUGGACGAGGCUCAGUUAAAGGAAGAAAAGAGAACCUCCGUAAGCCUGUCUGUCACCUACCACACGAACGUGCUGAAAGCGAAAUUGGAUAAAAAUGAGUUACCUGAAGAUGUCAACGCAAUUCUGAAGAAGACCUAUAAACACUUAAGUUAUUACAAUCACGAGCGCUUCCCUUCAAUCAGAGAGGAAAAAAUUCUUUUGCUUUUUGAACUGGCUCGUCUUUCCUUGACCUUGAAAUGUGAGCAGAUCUCCUCUGACUGCAUCUCCGACUUGAAGAAAAUCGACAGCCAAGACCCUGGGAAGCUGAUUGAAAUCAAAUGCCUGGAGUAUGAAUUAGAAGCUUUAGGACUCGAAAGUAAAGUUAAAGUCUACGCCCGAGCAGCUGUUGAGGCCCAGCUGAAUAUCGUACAGAGACUGGACAUCACACUGCAGCGAGCCGUGCGCCUGGGCGACCCCAGGGUCAUCCACGUGGUGUGCACCACCCAGUGGAACACGUGUCUCCCUUUGCUGCAGCACAACCUGAGACACCACCUGCGGAAGCCACUGGCCAACGUCGCGGACGUCCUGGAGAAGGGGGACAGCCUCAUGGUCCUGCUCCGCUGCCAGGUGCACAUGGAAAUGGUGCACAUCGAGGAGGACGAGGACCGGCUGGAGCCGGCCAUGCGGCACCUGCAGAAGGCCAUGCGUCUGGACAGCCUGGGCCUCUACCAGGACCAGCUCAGGAUGGCCUUCAACCGGCUGCAUCUGUGCACCAGGCUGUACCAGUCCCCUGAGCGUGCCGAGGACAAGGCCGUCGUGGCCAUCGAGCAGGCGAAGAAAGCUAUCCCAAAAGACAGCGUCAGGAAGAAGCGGGCUCUCCUAGUGAACGCGGGCCUGGCCCUGGCCCCCGACACCUUCCAGAUUGUGCUCGACAGCGAGAACGGGGCCAAAGUGUCUACAGGGAAGACCGGGGGCCGGUUCAGCUACCUGUUCGCGAAGGCACGGCACCACAUCAUCAGCGUGGACAAGGCCGCCGGGCACUUGCGGCGUCUGGGGGGCGAGAACGCCAGGGAGCGAAUACAGAUCUGGGCCGAGCUCGCCAAAGUCGCCCGGAAGCAGGGGGUGUGGGACGUUUGCCGGACAGCAUGCCGCUUCUGCCUCCUGUACGACAACGUCAAGGCGAAGAAGCCGACGCGGCCGAAGAGAGGAAAGAAGAAGAGAGGCGGAGACAGCGCGGCCCAGGACGGCGGGGGCCCCUCAGAAGUGACGUCGCAGCGGCAGGCGUCCCCGAGCCUGCUGCGCAAGUUCGCCGAAGUGGGGUUCAUCAACGCAGAGGCCACCGUCCACCUGCUGCGCUCAGAGGGCGUCCAGCUCAAUGACCACCCCACCCCCCCGGAGGACCCGAGCCAGCACUCGGCCGGCUACACGCUCGAGGGCCCCGAGGACAACACACAGUGGGUCGUGUACCGGGCCUGGAUUGAGAGUCUGUCACAGGGCGCCAUGGACAGCUGGCUGCGGUCCGCCGAGAUCGGGCAAGAGAUCCAGGAAGGCUGGAUCGUGCAGAACGCGGUGGUCUACGUCCUCAACCACAACCGCCACCUCAUCGUGGCCGGGAGGCAGAGGGAGCUCGUGGACGCCUUGGACCACCUCCUGAGCAUCGUCAAGGCCACGGGCCACAACGGAGACUGCACUCUGCUGGGGAUGCUCUGCAACACUUUGGCUCGAGGCUUGAUUAUCAACUGGAUUCCGACCCAAGUGCCGGAAAAAUCUAGAAGGCCCAUGCGCCCGAACCUGUUUCACGCACCACUGGACUCAGGAGCCAGCGCUGAAGUCAGGACCGCGGUGGAGGUUUGCGAGUUCGCCCUGAACCUGAGCACCGGGACGGAGCCCGAGGAGGUGGUGCCCGUGAGCACCCAGCAGCAGCUCCUUGCCACCUGGGUGAAGGCCCGGCAGCUGCUACAGCAGCAGAUCGGGCCGCGGCUGGGCGCGGACGAGCAGAGUCCCAACGAGGACAUCAACUCGGUGACCAGAGUUCUCGUUGCUCUGGAGAUGUACUCCUGCAACGGGCUGGGCCUCAUGGACUUCUCCGUGCCCCCCUUGGCCCAGGUGGUGGAAAUGGCUUCCGAGUGCAACUGGUCGGACCCCCUGGUGGAGCUGCAGACCCUGACACGACUGACCCACUUUGCCCACAUGGCCCACGACCACGAGGUCGCCAUGGCCUGCUCGCAGAAGGCCAUCCAGAUGGGCAUUAGGCUCCUGAGGAUGUUUAGCCGGGUGGAGACUCAACUGGUGGCCGAGAUGCUGAGCACCACAGCCUGCAUCCAGGGCAGGAGCAUCAUGGAGAACCUGAAGGGCAGAAAGCAGCUGCGCCUGGCGGCCGCGAGGUCCUUCAUGGAGAGCGCCAGGUUCGGGGGCAUGGCGGGGAGCAGCGCCCUGGUGAUGCUGGCUGUGAGGCAGUACUGGAACACCUGGCUCCCGCUCCUGUCCUCCGCGGCCAACAGGAGGAGAGCCAGGACUGUCGUACAGAGGCUCAUCGGCAUCAUCAAUAAGACAGAAGCGAAGAAGCAGGGAAAAGGAAAAACACUGCUUCUGCACCAGUGGCCUACAGCGGACUUCCAAAGCGGAGGGACUCCCGAAGGGCAUUUUCUCCCAGGUGCCGAGGACGACCUGACGCUGCGCGCCGCGCUCUACGGCCUGCUCUUCCACUGCCACGCGGACCGCGGCGACUGGGAGGGGGGCCUCAAGGUGCUGGACGAGGCUGUGCAGGUGCUGCCGAGGACAGCCCACCGCCUCCUAAUUUUCAAACACAUGGUCAUCGUGAAGGCCAAACUUGGCCAGAAUUUUACGAUGGAAAUACAGAAAUUCAAAGAUGAAAGUGAAGAUUACUUGGCACACAUGUGGCACCGUCUGGCCUUGAACUCCAGGAGUGUGCAUGGCGAGCUGACCUGCUAUCACAACGCCAUCCAAGCCCUACAGAAGCCGGAGAGUGACUGGCAAAAAGUAGAAUACAUCCUGGAAUUCAGCGAGUGGCUGUAUGACAAACAGUUUCCCAUGGAGGACGUAACUUUCCACCUGACGUGGGCGAUUCACAUCCUGCUGGCGAUGACACCUGCCAGGGACGCCCCUGAGCUGGCAGAGGAACAGCUGCCCACCCAGACAGCCCCUGAAAGUCCAGUGUCCGAGGCUGCAGGGACAGUCUCCUUGGAGAAGCUUUGGAACGUGAGGCAGCUGGAGGCCCUGGCCCGCACCUACACCCUGCUGGCCCUGAUGGUGUCCCCGAGCGCGGCCAGCUACCAGGACUACUGCCUCAUGGCCUACACGUUCCUCAAGCGCAUCUGGCAGGUUUCUUUGUUAACAGCAGGAAAAUCAAUUUCAGAAAGCAGAAUUCUAGCAGCAACAGCUAGCUCACAUUUGCUACUGCCUAAAAAGGAGAAGGAGAAGAGGAAGGAGAAGAAGGAGAAGGAGCCAGGGAAGGAGAAGGAAAAGGAGAAGGAGAAGGAGAAGAAGGAGAAGGAGCCAGGGAAGGAGAAGGAAAAGAAGGAGAAGGAGAAGGAGAAGGAGAAGGACAGAGACAAGGGCAAAGACCCCAAGCAGCAUCCAACCGCGGUUCCUGACAAACGGCUUGAGGACUUACCGGCCAGCACAGAGGAGUGGGCUUCCUACUCCUGCCCCGAGGAAGCGAUAUCUGUAUUUAAACAAGAUAAAAGCGACUUUACCGUCAACGCGUCAAGCAUCCAGAAGCCGACAUACAGUUUAUAUUAUCUGGACCACUUGGUCAAAGCCCUGCAGAAGAUGUCCCUUUACGAGCUCACCAUCCCAGUCCUGCAAUUGGGCGUACUAAUUGCAGCCUCCGUGGUAGACAGCAAGAGCCUCAAAGAUCUGUACCAUCUUCGACUUGCCCUAGUUUGUUCCGAUUUGAAGUUGCAAGAAGCAGCGACUUACCAUGAAGAGGUGGUCGGGCAAACAUACCUUUGUGACGUGGAGCAGGCCAGCUGCAGGAAAGAAAUCGCCUUGAGAAAGGAGAAAAACAAGGAACUGCUCUCCGAAGAAAGUCUGACGACGGUGCCCGAGCCCGUAACUACGGUCCAGAAAGCAGAGACAAAGCCGCUCAUAGCGAAGGAUAAGAUCUUGAAGAUAAACGGAGAGACCGGGACUGGGCUGGAGGGGACGUCCUUUCCCCUUCUGUGGACCCUCAAGGCAGAAGUUCUGCUGGAGGUGGAUCUGUACCAGCCUGCGAGGCUGCUGCUGUCGGAGGCCUACCUGGCCUUCCAGGAGCUUGAUGAUCCUUGUGCCCAAGCAAGAUGCCUGCACCUUCUGGCGCAGUUGGCGAACAAGGAAAGAAACUACGGCCAAGCUAAGCAGUUGGUGCAGUGGGCGCAGCGCCUGGGGGGCAGCGAGGAGUUCUGGUACAGCUCAACCCUGACCCUGGCGGACACGCUCCUGUCCAUGGAGGGCAAAGGCAGAGAAGUGGCGGUCUGCCAGUUGUUUCAGAGACUGAUAGACACCUUCAAGCUUCUGCAAAAAGAGAGACCGAACCGAGUGCCCGUCUUGGAGUUUAUGGCCACAGACCUAGAGGCCAGGUGCGUGAGCCUCCAGAUCAAGGCCGCUCAGGAGUCAGCUGAUAACGAACCUCCCGGAUGCUUUCUUCUGCUGAACAAAAUGGACGAUUGCUUGACAGAAAUUGAGAAAAGGUUGAUUACCUGGGGCUACAGAGACAACUGUGUGGAUAUAAAACUAGAGCGCGCCAAGAUAAAGAGAUUAUGUGCCCAGAACGAGAAAGACCAGGAGCAGAGAACCGCGUAUUACUUGGAGGCACAUGACUUGGUCCAGAGAGCGGUGGCUGAUGCAGAGGAGCUGUUCUGCAGCGUGCGGGCCUUACUGUCCCUGCAAGAGGUACAGAACGUCAACACGCCUCUGAUGAGGAGGCUGGCGCAGCUCCGACUCCAUCUGGCGGAAGUGUCUCUGGACCUUCUGGAGCUCAUCUGGGCGGAGGCCCUGGCCCGCCAGUUUGAGCAGAGCCCCGUGGAGAAGCUGCUGGUCAGCUACCUGCAGAGCGUCAGUGACUACACCUCCGUCGGCUUGAAAUGGUUCACCCUGAAGCGGACUCUGGCCCACGUGGUGCUGGCACAGCUGGGGGCCCUGCACUCACCACGCACCGGCUUCGCGGAGCUCCGCGCCCGGCAGCUGGGCCUGGCGGGGAGGGCCCUGCGCCUGCUGGCCGUGCAGGCGGACCCCGUGCGCCCCACCGUCUACUGGGAAGAGGGCCUCUCGGCAGGUGCUGAGCCGAGCGGCCAUAAGCCUCUGGAGACCAUUCUGGAGGACGACGCCGGCGAGGAUCGCUAUAGGGACCCGGGACCCUCCAGGGCCGCCUCCCAGGAGCACGGCAGGAAGGGCUGGGAUCUGCAGAGAAAGAUGAAGCUGGCCCAGCGGUACCUGGCCCAGGCGUCCGAGGUGCUGCUGCAGUGCGUGCGGGUGGCCCUGGGCGGCUGCCUCCUGGACAUCGCGGCGGCCGCCAGCCUGGAGAUGGUGGAGUGCAGCGGCACCCUGGACCCUGUGGCCACCUGCCAGUUCCUGGCGCUGUCUCAGAGCUGCUCGGCCUCAGAGAUGAUGCGGGACGUGCUGUUCACGGCCACGGACGACACCAGCAGCUCACAGCUGGCGGCCCUGCUGCGGCUGGAGCACCAGCUGAAGCGGAAGGGGAGGACGUCCACCAACUUGUUCGCGAGCGUGAGGCAGAGGCUGGCGGUCGUUUCCAAGGCUUGGCAAAAUCUCUGGGUCACUGAGCAGCAUUUUAACCACCUGAAUGAAAUGCCUCCUACUUUUCGGAUUCUCUUUCUGCAGCACGGGCGGGACAGGACCCAUCUGUAUGGCGCUGCCUACGAGAGACCCAGGUCGGUCCCUGCGGCCAAAGGGAAGAUGCCCCAAGCGGGCGGCUUCUGCAAGGUGGCACGGGUGGCCGUGAACCCAGCCACCUUCUCCUGCCUAUUGGCCGAUGCCCAGCAGUUCCGGGAGCUGACUCAGGUGGAGGUGACCAAUGAGGACAUGGCCCUGAACUCAAGCACGGAAUUGGAAAACGCGCCUCCUGAGAGGGAAGGGCACUCUCUGCGGAAGUUUGGGGAAGUCCUGGCAUCCAUGGAGGGGUACCUGAGGCCGCUGUUUCCAGUGCUCGGCAGCCCUGAGGCCAGAACACAGGUGCCCACCGUCGUCACGGAUUCAGGGAGACCAAAGGACAAAGACAAGGAAAGGAAAGUGUCCCUGCCCCGGGCUGAGCCCGAGGCUGCGAACGACACCAUCCUCAUUGCGGACAGGCAUCUUCUGGAGCUGCCGCUGGAAGGUCUCUCCGUGUUUGAGGAAGGGGUGGACUCCGUGGCCCGAGAGUUUUCCCUGCAGAUGCUGUGGAGCCGCCUCCGUCGAGAGGAGACAGCCGACGGGGCCGUGAAGAAGGAGGGCAAAGGCAGACAGUUCAGGAAGAGAAAUCCAGCUAAGAAGGGACACAAGGACGCUGCGCCCCGGCUCAUCCCCCCCGACUGCAUCGUGGUCGACCCCGACAACUUCAAGUUCAUCGUGGACCCCUACGAGGAGGCCCGGGUCAUAGACAUGCUGACUCCUGUCUCCGUAACCCGGGAAAUUUUGGAAAGAUUCCGAGACUCGUUCACUGCUCUGUGGGUGGGACAUCUGGGAAACAUGCACUUCCCGAGCCAGGCUGAGUGGGAGCAGCUCCUGGGCAGCUGCAGUGGCUUCUUCUUCUACGGGAUGGAGAGCUUCCUGUCCCACAUAGUGGUGGAAAGGUUGGCUGCCACGAACCUACAAGGGUGCCAGAUGAUGGUCCUGCUGGACCUGACGAGGUCCUACGAGAGCAUGCAGCGGCACACAGAGCACUCGGACAGCAAGAGUGUGGCCCAGCUGUCCCUGGAGAGGCCCGUCGAGACUGCCGUCCUUCUGAGUCUGGUGGGGGUCAGGAGCAUCCUGGCAAACCAGUGGCCGACCUUCCUGCAGGACAAUGCACUGCGGGCCAGCGUCCUGUGGGAAAAUCUGUUGACAGCUGGCAGGCCCAUCGGGAGGGCCGCCCAUCUCCUCCGGCAGACGGGAGCUGGGGACACGAACAACCAUGAUGAGUCUCCGUGGGCCUCCAAGGACCAGCUGCCGUCCUUCCAGCCACAGCUGCACGGCUCCGAGCGGCUCCCCAUCGCCCUCAACUCGGUCCUGUAUGGGCUGCCACACCUGGCCAUUGGGUGACUCCAGAGGACACGGACCUCGACGGCCCCUCUGAGGACCCACCGCCCACCCCUCCCCACCCUAUCCGUAGGCGCCCCUCCUCCAGUGGCCUUGUCCCCGAGUCCCAGUUCUGCGCAGUGUCACACCAGGGCCUCCCGGUCCGGCUGCCUCUGGGGCUGCCUCCGUUCCCCCCCCACCACGUGCACCGGACCCUCGUGGAGGGGAGGGGAUGCCUCUGGGGGCUCCGCAGGGCGGGUGGGGCGAGGGGUGCAUCGGGGCUGGCCCCGCAGCUGCCCGACCCCCAGAUCCCUCCCCUGCCCCGGGCGUUCCCAAUAGUCCCGUGGUGGGGGGGGGCCGCCUGGACGCGGGCCUAGGGGCUGGGACAAAGGGUGGCCUCCACCUCCCACGGGUGUCAGCAGCAGGCGGGCCCUUUGGAAGACAGCCUCCCUGGGGUGAGGCUCACGGUCCCAGAUGCCCACCCUGGCCGCCACGCCCUGGCUCCUGGAAGUUUAUGUGCUUUAGUAAAAACGACUAAAUCACUGUGGUGUGGCA